CUUCCCGUUAUCAAACGGUCUUUCAUUGGAAGCCUUCCUCAUCCCAUUUCCGAACUCAAAAACACGGGUGAACGCCUUACUUUUGUAGUUGACGGAAACACUCAGAAAGAUUUGAAACUCUAAUUUACCAGGUGACAACUUCAGGAUUUGAUUUUGUGGAAUACUUACAAGAAUGCUCGCAAGGAGGUUACUUUCUAGCAGACUCCAGCAUCUUGGGUCCUUUUCAUCUGAAACUCCUCGUGUACUGAAGCCUGGAGACGUCUUGAGGCAGACAAGGAUUUUCACUGAUGAUGAUGUCCUUCAAUACUCCAAGGUGAGUCAUGAUUCUAAUCCACUGCAUUUUGAUGCAGAAGCUGCACGGAAUGUUGGAUUUGAAGGUCGACUAGUACAUGGGAUGCUCGUUGCUUCUCUCUUUCCUCAUAUCAUCUCAUCAUAUUUUCCUGGAGCUGUAUAUGUAUCUCAAAGCUUGAAUUUUAAGUUCCCUGUCUAUAUUGGAGAUUCGAUCACAAGCGAAGUGCAAGCAACUAAUCUUAGAGUAAAUAAAAAUCGAUAUCUGGCAAAGUUUAAGACCAGGUGCAUCAAGAAUGGUGAUCUUCUUGUUCUUGAAGGUGAGGCUGUGGCUAUGCUACAAACCCUUUCUAUGGAAGAUGGCCAUUGCAAGGAGCAGUGAAAGCUAUUGAUGGGAUCAUAGCCUUUGGGCCUAGGAUGCCAAGUUAUCUUAUUGAGUUAAAUCAAUAUCACAAAAUUGUUUUGGGUUCAUAUUUGCUUGGGUUCUAUCAGGUGUUCACUAGUCUUCCUGUUUCCUAUGGAUGCCUUGUUUGAAUAAACGAUUCUGAUUCGUUAUUUAUUAUUAUUAUUAUUAUUAUUAUUAUUAUUA